AUGGUCAUUGCUCCUGUCUGGAAAAGGCGAGGUGUGCGUGUGGCGCCUUCGUCGAACAAGGAGACAAAAUCUGAUGAUGUGGGUCUUCAUCCUCGUAAAGUGUGUAGGACUGUAUCUAAGAGCAGGCUUCUUGGCAGCAUCGGGGAUGUUCUUGGCAACAAGUUCUUGAUUUCUGACUCCACAUUUGGGGGUGCAUUAGGUUCACCCGUGGGUUCCAUUCAGUCAAAGAAGCCUUUAGCAGAUGACAGAAUAGGAACUGCGCCUAGCUCCUCAUGUUCCAAAGCUUAUGCCCCAGGUUGGCCGAUUAUUGGCAAAUAUGGGGUUCAAGUUGUUGGUGACCGUCGUUAUGCUGCAGCCCAAGCUUCUGCUCUGAUGGUUGCAGCCGCUAACCGGGUUUGCCGCGAUGGGGAGACCAAAGCGCGGUUGAGACCUUUGUGCAAUACCAUUGUAACCAUGAAGGAGAAACUCUAG